AUGGCUUCCCGCCUCGACCGUCUAGUCACGCUUCUCGAGACGGGCAGUACGCAGUUGAUACGUAACACUGCUGCACAACAGUUAGCAGAUGUUCAGAAACAGCAUCCCGAUGAGCUGUUCAACUUGCUCGGGCGCAUCCUGCCCUACCUCAGAUCAAAGUCCUGGGAUACAAGGACAGCUUCCGCCAAAGCGAUUGGGCUGAUCGUCUCGAAUGCUGACCCCUACGAUCCAAAUGAAGAUGAUGGGCUUCAAAUAAAGUCAGCCGCUGAGCAUGACGAUGUGGAGAUCAAGGCCGAGAUCAAGUCAGAAGACUCAACUCCAAGUGAUGGCCUGCUCCAGUUAGACACAUUGGACAUCGCGUCCGUAUUGAAGUUCGGCAAGAGGCUUCUGGGCAGUGCCGGCAAAGAAUAUGAGUAUGCGCUCGCAUCCAUGGAACCAGCCGCCCGUCUACAACACCAAAAGAAGACCCUAUUUGCACGACUCGGCCUGCGAGGCCAAUAUGACGACGACGAACUCAUGGAAAACAUCGACCUCGCCCCUAAGGUGGUGACCCCCGCUCCCAAGCGCGAGCCAGAAAUUGCUCCCAUUUCUCGCUCAAACAGCGUGCAUGAUCCUCCCUCUCGUCGACCUUCGUCGCCGAACGAACCCGCCAUUAAAGAGGAUGGUGGACUGAGCAAGCGUCAACUCAACCAACUGAAACGGAAGAACAAACAAAAUGCCAAACUGGGAGCUAACAAAGUCCGUGUCGUGGAUCUGUCUUCUCGCCGCCAGUCCGAGCUCGUCACGACCCCUGUGGGGACUCCUCACCCAGUCAAAUCCGAGAACGAUAAUGAACAGAAUGGUGAGACGAAACCGGAUUAUUUCUCCCUUGAACGCGCCGAAGAAGACGAUGACUCUAAACUGGUCACGGAAUUCAAGGGGCCUAUCGCCCCUGAGCGACCUCACUUUCAACCAGAGAUCGUGGAGCAAGGCGGAGGAUGGCCACUGGAACACAUGUGUGAAUUCCUGACGAUGGACAUCUUCGACUCAAAUUGGGAAGUUCGACACGGUGCGGCCAUGGCUCUACGUGAAGUGGUCAGAGUCCAGGGCAUUGCAGCUGGCCGCCUGGAUGGGAAAUCUCGCGAAGAAAACGACGCACGCAACCGCCGGUGGUUGGACGACCUCUCAUGUCGACUACUAUGUGUUUUGAUCCUCGACCGAUUCGGUGAUUACAUUUCCGACAAUGUGGUUGCCCCUAUUCGUGAAACCGUUGGACAGACCCUAGGUGCUCUUCUUUCACACCUGCACCCCAAGUCCGUCCGAUCAUCCUAUCGCUGUCUCUAUCGCAUCAUCAUGCAGAACGAUCUCGGCCUUGAGCGCCCCGUAUGGGAGGUCUGCCAUGGUGGCAUGAUUGGUCUCCGGUACCUUGUUGCAGUUCGAAAGGAUUUGCUCGUUAAGGAUUCAAGCAUGAUGGAUGGGGUCUUGGAGGCUGUCAUGAAAGGUUUGGCUGAUUUCGAUGAUGAUGUUCGAGCAGUCAGCGCCGCGACUCUUGUCCCCAUUGCAGAAGAGUUCGUCACAUCUCGCACCGGAACUCUCGGUCCUCUGAUGAACAUUGUCUGGGACUGUCUUUCCAACCUUCAAGACGAUCUCAGUGCUAGUACCGGCUCUGUCAUGGAUCUUUUGGCCAAACUAUGCACAUUCUCCCAAGUGUUGGACGCAAUGAAGGCAAACGCUGCGGAUGAUUCGGAGGCAUCGUUUGGAAAGCUGGUCCCUCGUCUCUACCCCUUCCUCCGCCAUACAAUCACAAGCGUUCGUUCUGCCGUGCUUCGAGCUCUCAUGACGUUCUUGAAUCUAGAGGGUGAAGGUACUACCGAUUGGGUAGAUGGCAAGGCACUGCGGUUAAUUUUCCAGAAUCUUCUCGUUGAGCGCAAUGAAGGUGUUUUGAAAUUAUCCAUUCAAGUCUGGUCUGAGCUUCUCAAGGUUGUUGAACUGCGUGGUUUAUUCAAAUCCGAGGCCGAGCUAUCAGAGUCCGUUCAACCACUGGUUACCCUGACUUUGGGUGCUUUUGGCGUUCCACGAUACCCCAUACCCAUGAACGCAUCCCUCUUUAUCAAACCGUCUGGCCUGCCAUUCUGUGCUCCCCCUGCCCCCCCUCUCUCCAAAUCCUCUCCUCCCCUCGCGGCUGCCGGCGGUGCUGAAACACCCAAGCCGGGACGCAGACGCAAAUCAGAGAAGAAGGAAGUGCCGCCUCCCUCGGCCCACAAUGUCGAUGGACACAUGCUAUCUGGUGACAUUGAUCUUGUUGGUGCGGACACCAUGCUAAGAUCAAAGAUCUAUGCUGCCAAGGCAUUGGGAGAACUGAUUUCCUUCUGGGACAAAUAUGAGCUUCCAAGCCUUUGGCCAGCGAUCCUGGAUGCACUGAAGUUCUCCGCUUCCACUACACAGCUUUCUUCCGCAAUGGUCAUGGAGGAGUAUGCUCGCCGCGCUGGACCAGAAAGCAAAUACACCACGACUUUGACUGAAAAUCUCCGACCUAUCCUUGAAGGCGAGCGUCCAUCCUGGUAUGCCGAUAUUGCAUGCUAUCUCCAUGUCGCUCGCGCCCAGUGCCAUUCGUUGUUGAACACGUUCCGUGACCAUGCACAUGUUGCACCCUCCCGACUGCCCACAUUGGCCGUCGUUGUACAGGGAGACGCAGAAGCCGGACCCAAUGCCUUCUCUUUGCUUGAUGCUGAGAAGAUUGUUGGACCCGACUUCGACCGUCUGAAGAAGAACUUGACACCGGCUCAGCGUAUCACCGCUACACAAGUAUUGAAUGACACCCGGACCACCGCCCAAUCUGCUGUGGAUGAAGCGAGAUUGAUGAGAGAACAGCGAGACAUGCGUGUCCUGGCCGCAACCGCAGGCGCCCUCAUUGCCUUGCGCGAUAUUCCUAAGAAGCCGGGUCAUAUCAUCAAGGGCAUGAUGGACAGCGUUAAGAAGGAAGAGAACGUGGAGCUCCAACAACGCUCUGCAACCGCCGUCGCAGGUCUUAUUGAGUACUACACUGCUGCCACGAAGCGCGGACCGGUGGACAAGAUCAUCGGAAAUCUGGUAAAAUAUUGCUGCGUGGACACUUCUGAAACACCUGAAUUCCCUCAUAAUGCUCAGUUGGAGAAAUCAAUUUUGUCAUUACGCAAGGAAGAAGACCGACGCGACCACCCCGAUGCCGCAAAAUUCGAAAGAGAAGCCAAGGAGGCACGCAUUAUGCGUCGUGGUGCUAAGGAUGCGUUGGAGCAGCUUGCCGUCAAAUUUGGUGCUGACCUGUUGGAGAAGGUUCCCAACCUCGCAAAACUCGUUGAACGACCAUUGAGAGAGGCUCUGACAUCCGAUGAACUUCCCGAAGACAUCAUCAACCCCGAGAAUGAACUUGGCCAAGAAAUUGUCGAUGGUUUGUCCACGUUACGGGCUCUCCUCCCCAAGUUCGACACUGGCCUGCACUCAUGGGUCAUCGACCUUAUGCCCAUCAUUGCCAGGGGUCUACAAUGUCGACUUUCUGUUGUUCGCUAUGCUGCAGCCAAAUGUUUCGCUACUAUCUGCAGCGUCAUUACUGUCAAGGGUAUGACUAUGCUGGUCGAAAAGGUGUUACCUAUCAUCAACAAUGGUCUUGAUGUACACCAUCGCCAAGGUGCGAUCGAGUGUAUCUACCAUCUUAUCCACGUCAUGGAAGAUGGAAUUCUCCCCUAUGUAAUCUUCCUCGUUGUACCCGUUCUUGGCCGCAUGAGUGAUUCCGACAAUGACGUGCGUCUCCUGGCGACAACCUCAUUCGCAACUCUCGUCAAGUUAGUGCCUCUUGAAGCCGGUAUCCCUGACCCACCUGGCUUCUCAGAGGAGUUGCUCAAGGGCCGUGACCGGGAAAGAAAGUUCAUGUCUCAGAUGCUCGAUGUGCGCAAGGUUGAACCUUUCCUGAUCCCCGUUGCCAUUAAGGCCGAGCUUCGACCAUACCAGCAAGACGGCGUGAACUGGCUCGCCUUCCUUAACCGCUACAAUCUCCACGGUAUUCUUUGCGACGAUAUGGGUCUCGGAAAGACUUUACAGACAAUUUGCAUUGUGGCAAGUGACCACCAUAUGCGUGCUGAAGAGUUUGCCAAGAGUCAAUCUACCGACUCUCGAAAGCUUCCUUCCUUGAUCGUCUGUCCGCCUUCGCUCUCUGGUCAUUGGCAGCAAGAAGUCAAGCAAUAUGCACCAUUCCUCAGUUGUAUUGCUUACGUCGGUCCUCCCUCUGAACGGUCGAGGCUCCAACCUAUGUUGGCCAACACCGAUAUCAUUGUGACUUCUUACGAUGUUUGCCGAAAUGAUAACGACGUGCUCAGCCCGAUGAACUUCAACUACUGUGUGCUUGACGAGGGUCAUCUUAUCAAGAACCCCAAGGCCAAGAUUACUACCUCAGUGAAGAAACUAGCCAGCAACCACCGUCUGAUCUUGUCUGGCACACCCAUUCAGAACAAUGUUCUUGAGCUUUGGUCCCUCUUCGAUUUCUUGAUGCCCGGCUUCCUCGGCACCGAGAAGGUCUUCUUGGAUCGGUUCGCCAAGCCUAUUGCAGCAAGUCGCUUUAGCAAGUCAUCUUCGAAAGAACAAGAAGCGGGUGCUUUGGCAAUCGAAGCACUGCACAAGCAAGUGCUGCCAUUCCUGCUUCGUCGUCUUAAGGAGGAAGUGCUGAACGAUCUGCCACCCAAGAUCAUCCAGAACUACUACUGUGACCCAAGUGAACUCCAGAAGAAGUUGUUCGAGGACUUCAGCAAGAAGGAGCAGAAGGAGCUCGCAGACAAGGUUGGCAGCACAGAUCGCUCUGACAAGGAGCAUAUCUUCCAGGCACUUCAAUACAUGCGUCGUCUGUGCAACUCCCCCGCACUGGUAGUCAAGGAAGGUCACAAGCAGUACAACGAGGUGCAGACCUUCUUGAACACGAAGCGUUCAAACAUCAGAGAUCUCUCUCACGCUCCCAAGCUCAACGCCCUGAAAGACUUGUUGGUCGAUUGCGGCAUUGGCGUUAACCCCUCAGCGGAAGGAGAACUGGACACCGGCGCCAGCUAUGUCAGCCCUCACCGGGCACUUGUAUUCUGUCAGAUGAAGGAGAUGCUGGAUAUUGUCCAGAACGAUGUUCUGAAGAAACUCCUCCCGUCCGUUCAGUAUCUUCGUCUGGACGGCGGCGUGGAAGCAACAAAGCGCCAGGACAUUGUCAACCGCUUCAACACCGACCCCAGUUACGACGUCUUGCUCUUGACCACCAGCGUCGGUGGACUAGGUCUCAACCUUACAGGAGCCGAUACCGUCAUUUUCGUCGAGCACGACUGGAACCCACAGAAGGAUAUUCAGGCCAUGGAUCGCGCCCAUCGUAUCGGUCAAAAGAAGGUCGUGAACGUCUACCGCCUGAUCACAAGAGGUACUCUGGAAGAGAAGAUCCUGAACCUGCAACGAUUCAAGAUCGACGUCGCCUCCACCGUGGUAAAUCAACAAAAUGCCGGCCUGGGCACGAUGGACACAGAUCAACUGCUCGAUCUAUUCAACCUCGGCGAAACGGCAGAUACAGCCGAGAAACCAAGCGACCAAAACGGCAACGAAGUCGACAUGGUCGAUAUCGACGGUGAAGUCAAGGAGAAGGGCAAGAAGGGCUGGCUAGAUGACUUGGGUGAACUCUGGGAUGACAGGCAGUACCAGGAAGAGUACAACCUGGACUCGUUCUUGGAAACCAUGAAGAACUGA